UUACAUUUUAGGUUAUGCUAUGUUUGUUUGCUACAGUCUAAGCUAGUUACUAUGGACCUGCCUAAUUUAUCUCUUCUUGACAUUUUAAUUGAAAAUUUAAAGAAAGUUGGAAGGAAAAGCUACCUGCACAGAGUAGUCUAUGUGUUUGACUACCACAAGCUGAACAUUGAUGGGCUAGAGGUGUCGCUACAAGAGGUCUUGCAGAACAUGAUUGCGAUAGUGAGCGAGGGGAGUGAUGAGCCUAUCACUGGCCUGCUCCUGCUCUACGACAAGUAUGGAGUCAACAUGAUAGAGGGUUCCGAAGAGAGUAUUUUCCGACACUUCCAAGAGCUUGCCGAUUCUCCUGUGAUCAGUCAGUGCGUGCCACGGAUAAAGAUACUUCUGUCCGUCACCCAUAUUGCACAGAGGAUUUUGAACCGCUGGUCAAUCUUCUGUGCUCAGCCGCAAACACUGCUGGAAAAACUGGAUAUCUCUUCAGUAGAGGAGACCAGCCGAAGAAUAAAGAUGAUUGUUGUCAAAUUGAACAACCUUUGGAACUAUCUACGCCUCCACUCUGUGGGCAUGUCUCGGGUCAUCAUGAUGGAACAACUGAGUGACCGUAUGACCACAAACCUGCCUGAGUUCGCUCGGCUUGAGUUUGUGCUCAGCACUCCGGCACUCAAAAACCUCCGGGACUUUGUGGAGACUCAUCGAACUGUGCAGCAACCUCGACUAUAUCAAGAAUUGGUGUGGCCGCCUCAAAAAGAAUUCAUCCCUUUCAAAAUAUUUAAGGCAAAGCAGGAUUCAGAAGAUAAAAGUUAGUUUCAGAAGAUUGAAGUUUUUACCAGUGUAUUUUUGUUCAGUAACAACAAUUAUUAAAAAGAUUUUUUUUACA